CUGGGGUUUUGCUGGGGCUGCUCUGGAUGCCAGGCAGCUCGGGGGCACAGGGCAAGUUCGCGUACAAGCUGCUCGGGGACUUGUUUGCCAACUACUCCAACGCGCUGCGGCCAGCGGAAGACACGGACCGGGCGCUCAACGUCACGCUGCAGGUCACGCUGUCGCAGAUCAUCGACAUGGACGAGAGGAACCAGAUCCUGACGGCUUACCUGUGGAUUCGGCAGGUCUGGGUAGACGCCUACCUCAGCUGGAACAAGGAGGCGUACGGCGGCAUUGACUCGAUCCGGAUCCCAAGCAGCUACGUCUGGCGGCCAGACAUCGUUCUCUACAACAAAGCGGACGAGCAGUUCGCCGGCUCCAUGGAGACGAAUGUGGUGAUCCGGCACGACGGGCGGGUCACGUGGGACUCCCCGGCCAUCACCAAGAGCUCGUGCCGGGUGGACGUCUCCUACUUCCCCUUCGACGGGCAGCAGUGCCGCCUGACCUUCGGCUCCUGGACCUACAACGGCAACCAGAUCGACCUGCUCAACCAGCAGGAGACGGGCGACCUGGCCGACUUCGUGGAGAACGUGGAGUGGGAGGUGCUGGGCAUGCCGGCCACGCGCAACGUGGUCGUCUACGGCUGCUGCUCGGAGCCCUACCCGGACGUCACCUACACGCUGCUGCUCCAGCGCCGCGCCUCCUUCUACGUCUUCAACCUGCUCCUGCCCUGCAUCCUCAUCUCCCUCCUGGCCCCGCUGGGCUUCUACCUGCCCGCAGACUCCGGGGAGAAGGUCUCGCUGGGCGUGACGGUGCUCCUGGCCCUGACCGUCUUCCAGCUGCUGGUGGCGGAGAGCAUGCCCCCCUCGGAGAACGUGCCCCUCAUCGGCAAGUACUACAUCGCCACCAUGACCCUGAUCACGGCCUCCACGGCGCUGACCAUCUUCAUCAUGAACCUGCACCACUGCGGGCCCGGCGCGCGGCCCGUCCCGCGCUGGGCGCGCACGCUCAUCCUGCGGCACAUGGCGCGCCUCUUCCUGGUGCACGAGGUCGGCGAGAGCUGCGGGGGCCCGCGGCGGGACGCCGAG